AUGGCGGAACGGUACAUUCCCGAGCAUCGGCGGACGCAGUUCAAGGCGAAGAACACAUUUAAGCCAGAGGAGCUGCGUCGUCGUCGCGAGGAGCAGCAGGUGGAAAUUCGCAAAGCCAAGCGCGAGGAGAAUUUGGCCAAGCGCCGUGGUAUUGGCAGUGGUGAUCAGCGGCCUGGUGCGUCGCUUGGUGCGGCCCCGGACAGCGACGAUGACACGGCUCCGACUGAGUCCCAGCUGAACGAGGACCUCCCGCAGAUGGUACAGGGCGUGUUUUCCGACCAAAUCGAGCUCCAGAUCCAGGCGACGACCAAGUUCCGGAAACUGCUCUCCAAGGAGCGGAACCCUCCGAUUGAGGAGGUGAUCAAGACAGGCGUUGUCAGCCGGUUUGUCGAGUUCCUCCGGUCGCCACACACGCUGGUGCAGUUCGAGGCGGCGUGGGCCUUGACCAACAUUGCCAGCGGGUCGGCAACACAGACGCAGGUGGUUAUCGAGGCCGGCGCUGUGCCCAUUUUUGUCGAGCUGCUGUCAAGCCCGGAGCCGGAUGUGCGCGAGCAGGCUGUGUGGGCGCUGGGCAACAUUGCCGGCGACAGCCCGCAGUGCCGCGACUACGUGCUGAGCUGUGGAGCGCUCAAGCCGCUGCUUGCACUUUUGGGCGACAGCCGGAAGCUUAGCAUGCUCCGCAACGCGACAUGGACGCUGAGCAACUUCUGCCGUGGCAAGACGCCGCAGCCGGACUGGAACACUAUUCAACCGGCCCUGCCGGUGCUCUCGAAGCUGGUGUACAGCCUGGACGACGAGGUUCUCAUCGACGCCUGCUGGGCGAUCUCGUACCUGUCGGACGGGUCAAACGACAAGAUCCAGGCAGUGAUCGAGGCCGGGAUUCCGCGGCGGCUCGUGGAGCUGCUGAUGCACGCAUCGACGUCGGUGCAGACGCCGGCGCUGCGUUCGGUCGGCAACAUUGUGACGGGCGACGACGUGCAGACGCAGGUGAUUAUCAACUGCGGCGCGCUGUCGUGCCUGCUGUCGCUGCUGAGCUCCAACAAGGACGGCAUCCGCAAGGAAGCGUGCUGGACAAUCUCAAACAUCACGGCCGGCAACUCGGCGCAGAUCCAGGCGGUGAUCGAUGCCAACAUCAUCCCACCGCUGAUCCACCUGCUGUCAAACGGCGAUUUGAAGACGCGGAAAGAGGCGUGCUGGGCCAUCAGCAACGCGACGUCUGGCGGGCUACAGAAGCCGGAGCAGAUCCGCUACCUGGUAGCGCAGGGCUGCAUUAAGCCGCUGUGCGACCUGUUGGCCUGCCCGGACAACAAGAUCAUUCAGGUGGCGCUGGACGGGUUGGAGAACAUCCUGAAGGUGGGCGAGCUGGACCGCCAGGCAGCCGGUGAAGGUGUCGAUGCCAUCAACACGUACGCGCUCUUUAUCGAAGAGUGCGGCGGAAUGGAGAAGAUCCACGACUGCCAGUCCAAUGCCAACGAGGAGAUCUACAUGAAGGCAUACAACAUCAUCGAGAAGUACUUCUCGGACGAAGACGAGGCGGACGAGACGCCGGCCCAGGCCCAGGGUCCCAACGGCACGUUUGGCUUUGGAGCCAACGGCGGCAGUCAGGGCGGCUUCAACUUUGCAAACGGCGGCGAGUCGAUGGACAUGUGA